CUCUCUCCCCCCAUUCCUUGGUCCGUCGUCGCACCCCACAGAAAGUGUGAGAAGGAGGAAGAAGAGAGCGUCAAGCAGCCGAGAUGAGGGAGCUGGUGGUCUCCUCCUUCUCUUCCACGGCGGCGGCUAACGCGGCGCUGGUGCGGGGAUGGUGGGAGGAAGUCAACGAGUCGCCGGAGUGGCAGGACGGCGCCUUCUUCUCCCUCGCCGCCGCCUACGCCCUCGUCUCCGCCGUCGCGCUGAUUCAGCUCGUCAGGAUCCAGCACAGGGUGCCGGAGUUCGGAUGGACGACUCAGAAGGUCUUCCACCUCAUGAACUUCGUCGUCAAUGGGGUUCGUGCUGUUGUAUUCGGAUUCCAUGCCUGCGUCUUCUCUCUCCAGAUUAAAGUAUAUAAGUUGGUGUUACUAGACCUCCCCGGAUUGCUCUUCUUCUCAGCAUACACCUUACUUGUUCUUUUCUGGGCAGAAAUAUACCAUCAGGCUAGGAGUCUCCCCACAGAUAAGUUGAGGAUCAUAUACCUGGCAGUCAAUAGCAUCGUAUAUGUAAUUCAGAUCUGUAUCUGGGUGUACCUCGGAAUAAACGAUAACAAGUUGGUGGAGCUGGUGAGCAAAAUCUUCAUAGUAGCUGUCUCUGCUGUGGCUCUUCUUGGUUUUGCAGUAUAUGGUGGAAGGCUAUUUGUCUUGCUGAGACGUUUCCCCAUCGAAUCAAAGGGGCGGAAAAAGAAGCUUUAUGAGGUUGGGACUGUGACGACAAUCUGCUGCACCUGUUUCCUGAUAAGAUGCGUUGUGGUGGCACUAUCCGCAUUCGAUGCUGAUGUUUCUCUAGAGGUUAUGGAUCACCCAAUCCUAGACUUCUUUUAUUACAUGUUGACAGAGAUACUGCCUUCUGCACUGGUCCUUUACAUCCUCCGGAAGCUUCCACCUAAGCGGGUAUCGGCUCAAUACCAUCCUAUUAACUAGAGGUUUUGUGCUUCUGUAUGGUGUUAUUGUGCUAAGAAUAAUAGUGGGUAAACUCCAGUUGUUUAAAACUGUACAUGUCUGGUGCGAGUUGAAUGCUGGUGUUUGAGCUGUGUUCGAAAGCAUCAGGGUGUUGUUGAUGGAUCAUCUGAGUGAAUUUGCUCCUCUUCAUUUUGUUCUGUUUUGGUGGGAAUUGGUUAAAACCUUUGCUCGAGGCAACAGAAUAGUUACAAAUCCGGCAAUGCUUA